AUGGCAACUCCUCUGAGUCCACGAAAUUCUGAAGUAAAUGCUCUUGAACAAAGGGGUUAUCUAAUUGGGAAGAAGAUUGGUCAAGGUUCGUAUGCUACCGUACAUCUAGCUGAUUAUGUUGACAGUACUGGACCGAAGAAAAUGCGUCUGGCGUGUAAAAUAUUUGACAAGGAGAAAGCACCGAAGGACUUUUUAGAUAAAUUCUUUCCUCGUGAGCUUGAGAUACUUACUAAAAUCGAAAACCAACAUAUUAUUCAAGUACAUAGCAUAUUACAGAGAGGACCGAGAGUGUUUAUUUUCAUGCGGUAUGCUGAUAAUGGUGACCUGUUAGACUUCAUCAAGAAAAACGGCGUGGUACCUGAGCAACAAGCUAAAAUUUGGUUUAGACAAAUGGCCAGCGGUCUUCAUUACCUUCACGGAAAAAAUAUCGCACACAGAGACUUGAAAUGCGAAAAUAUACUUUUAUCUAGAAGGUUUAAUGUGAAAUUAGCUGAUUUUGGUUUUGCGAGAUACUGUGUAGAUUCCGAUAAUAGACGAAUACUUAGUCAGACUUAUUGCGGUUCGGCAGCUUAUGCAGCACCCGAAGUAGUCAAUGGAACGCCCUACAAUCCAAAAUUAUCCGAUGUCUGGUCAUUGGGAAUCAUAUUAUUUAUUAUGCUCAAUGCGUCCAUGCCUUUCGACGAUUCAAAUUUGAGAAAAUUAUUGAAGGAUCAAAUGACCAAAAAUUGGGUUUUUCGAUCAAGAGUGAGAGACACGUUAUCGAAAAUAGCCAAAUCUUUAGUUCGUCAUCUUCUAGAACCGGAUUUGACACAAAGGUUAACUUUGGAGAGAGUGAUACAGCAUGAAUGGUUACGAAUGCGCAGAGAAAGGCCUUCACUUAUCGGUCGAUUAGCUCAAUCUGCCCAACAUGAUUCGAUCGAAAACCAAUCGGCACACGUUAGUGAUUAUGAGAAAGAAACACUUGCCGGAGACUUCCAAAAUCCCGAAAACAAAAAAAGUGAGAUGAUGAUUGCUGUAAACGAUGUAUAA